CGCCGGUGAGAUUUUCCGGUGAAGAAUGACGGCUCCGGCAUGGGGUCGUGCCCGGCCACAAUGGGUAGUUGCGGUUUUCACACUACUCAUUGGCUUGGCAUUGGCCACCGAACCUUAUUACUACAGUUCUCCGCCUCCGCCACCCUACGAAUACAAGUCGCCGCCGCCUCCGGUGAAAUAUCCUCCUCCUCCGUAUGAAUACAAGUCUCCACCGCCGCCGGUAAAUUCUCCUCCUCCACCGUAUUAUUACCAUUCUCCACCUCCUCCGGUGAAGUCACCUCCUCCUCCGUAUGAAUACAAAUCACCUCCACCCCCGGUGAAAUCUCCUCCUCCGCCGUAUUAUUACCAUUCUCCACCUCCUCCGGUGAAGUCUCCCCCUCCACCGUAUUAUUAUCACUCUCCCCCACCACCGGUAAAGUCUCCUCCUCCACCGUAUUAUUACCAUUCACCUCCUCCUCCUGUAAAAUCUCCUCCUCCGCCUUAUUAUUACCAUUCUCCACCUCCUCCAGUAAAAUCUCCCCCUCCGCCAUAUUACUAUCACUCCCCACCUCCUCCGGUGAAAUCACCUCCCCCGCCGUACUAUUACCACUCUCCUCCUCCUCCCGUGAAAUCUCCGCCUCCUCCUUACUAUUAUCACUCUCCUCCACCCCCGGUGAAAUCACCUCCUCCACCGUAUUAUUACCACUCUCCACCACCGCCGGUGAAAUCUCCACCACCACCAUAUUACUACCAUUCUCCCCCACCACCGGUGAAAUCACCUCCUCCACCAUACUACUACCACUCUCCUCCGCCACCGGUGAAAUCCCCACCACCACCGUAUUAUUAUCACUCUCCACCACCGCCGGUGAAGUCUCCUCCGCCGCCUUACUACUACCACUCUCCUCCUCCUCCGGUGAAAUCUCCUCCGCCACCGUACUAUUACCAUUCUCCGCCACCGCCGGUGAAAUCACCACCACCACCGUAUUACUACACGUCUCCUCCACCGCCGAAGAAGACUUACUCUCCGCCUUAUUACUACAAAUCUCCACCACCGCCUCCGAAAUCAUACUCUCCACCUUACUACUACAAAUCUCCACCGCCACCGGUUCCUUACUAUCCGCACCCACACCCACACCCAUUUGUCUUCAAAGUUGUCGGUAAAGUAUACUGCUUCAGAUGCUACGACUGGGCUUACCCCGAGAAGUCCCACGACAAGAAGCACCUCAAGGGGGCCGUCGUGGAAGUGACAUGUAAGGUCGGAGACAAGACCGUAAAAGCGUACGGACAGACAAAGAUAAACGGUAAAUACGCAAUCACCGUCGAGGGCUACGACUACCGUAAAUACGGCGGGGAAGCAUGCACGGCGAAGCUUCAUGCGCCGCCGAAGGGAUCACCGUGCAACAUUCCGACGAGUUACAACUGGGGAAACAAGGGCGCGAAACUUAGGGUUAAAUCUAAGACAAAGUACGAGGUUGUACUUUACGCUGAGUCCUUUGCCUACGCUCCUAAGAAGCCGUACGAGGAAUGCCACAAGCCUGCUCCGUACCAUCCGCCUUAUUACUACAAAUCUCCUCCUCCUCCGAUGCAUUACCCCGCCCCGUCCCAUCCACCAUAUUACUAUAAGUCUCCACCACCGCCGAUGAAGUCUCCUCCUCCGCCGUAUUAUUAUCACUCCCCACCUCCUCCGGUCAAGUCUCCUCCACCACCGUACUACUACCAUUCCCCACCACCGCCGGUAAAAUCACCUCCUCCACCGUACUACUAUCAUUCACCACCUCCUCCGGUGAAAUCUCCACCACCACCGUAUUAUUACCACUCUCCUCCACCGCCGGUGAAAUCUCCUCCUCCACCAUAUUAUUAUCAUUCACCACCUCCUCCGGUGAAAUCCCCACCACCUCCAUAUUACUAUCACUCUCCGCCACCUCCGGUAAAGUCUCCACCACCGCCAUAUUAUUACCACUCUCCGCCACCACCGGUGAAAUCUCCCCCACCUCCUUACUACUAUCACUCUCCUCCUCCGCCAGUAAAGUCUCCACCACCUCCUUACUACUAUCACUCUCCACCACCUCCGAUAAAAUCUCCUCCUCCUCCGUAUUACUACCAUUCUCCGCCACCACCGGUGAAAUCUCCUCCACCACCAUACUAUUACCACUCUCCUCCACCACCGGUAAAGUCUCCACCACCACCGUAUUACUACCACUCUCCCCCGCCACCGGUGAAAUCUCCUCCUCCUCCAUAUUACUAUCACUCUCCGCCACCUCCGGUGAAAUCUCCUCCUCCUCCUCCGUAUUAUUACCACUCUCCACCACCCCCAGUGAAAUCUCCUCCACCUCCUUACUAUUACCAUUCACCGCCUCCACCAGUGAAAUCUCCACCUCCUCCUUACUAUUACCAUUCUCCUCCACCUCCGAUAAAAUCUCCACCACCACCGUAUUAUUACCACUCACCACCACCCCCAGUAAAAUCUCCUCCUCCUCCGGUCUACGUUUACGCUUCUCCCCCACCUCCCACCCACUACUAGGCUCCGCCAAUUCAAAUAAGUUUUUCAAGCAUUCAAGUUUACUUUUCGAAAAUGGAAUAAAGGAAGUGCCCAAGAGCUAUAUACCUCGCAGCCACGACCAAACCUCUUCCACUUCCACGACGGCCAUCUUCCACAUGCUUAUCUUAGUGUCUUUCAUGUUCGGACUAAAGCCAUAUAUCAUCUUGAUGAAGAAAAUAACAAAGAGGGUGCAAUUUUAUUUGCUGUGCAUAGAAAUAUAUUUGUAUAAUCUUCUUCCUUUGGAGCUUCAUUGCUGUUCAUGUAACGAGAGUGAUUUGAAAUAAAAUAAAUGUCGUUUUUUUUUCUU